AUGGGUUUCUAUGGAAACACUCCAAAGGUAGAUGUCAUUCACAGACGGCUGCAUAAGGACAUCCUCCACAACCCCGUGGUCAUGCUGAACUUUUGUCCCGACCUCAAAUCCAUCUGCUCAGACCUGAGGAAAGUUCACGGCGAAUUCAUCUUCCUUAUUGAUCGAAGCGGCAGCAUGAGCGGACUCAACAUCCACCGUGUGAAGGACGCCAUGGUGGUUAUCCUGAAGAGUUUGGUGCCCGGCUGCCUUUUCAACAUCGUUGGAUUUGGAUCCAUGUUCAAAUCACUCUUCACAACCAGCCAGAACUACGAGGAGGAGGCCCUGGCGCAGGCUUGUGAUUACGUCAGGAAGAUGAGAGCCGACAUGGGGGGCACCAACAUGCUGGCGCCGCUCACCUGGAUUGUGAGGCAGCCCACGUUCAGCGGUCACCCCAGGCUGCUCUUUCUGCUCACAGACGGAGCUGUCAGCAACACAGGCAAGGUUAUCGAGCUGGUCCGCAGCCACGCACGAUGUAUCAGAUGUUUCACAUUCGGCAUUGGACAAAAUGCGUGCCGGAGGCUGGUGCAGGGGUUGGCGGCUGUUUCCAAAGGAACAGCUGAAUUCCUGGCUGAUGGAGAGAGGCUGCAGCCCAAGAUGAUAAAGUCGCUGAAGAAAACCAUGUCCCCGGUACUCAGUGACAUUUCCAUCGAAUGGCUCUUUCCUGAAACCAAAGAGGUGCUGCUCUCCCCUGUUGGCAACACCUUCCUCUUUCCAGGAGACAGUCUGAUUGGCUACAGCGUGGUGUGCGACACUACCCGUUACCACGACAACCCCAAAUCUGAUAAGAGGAGGCGAUACAGCAUGAUGCGCUCCAUUGAGUCAGCCAGCUCUGUGUUUUACCACUCACAAGAGGAGGAGGCGGGGAAGACGGGAGCGGACAGUCAGGGGUCCCACCGGGAAGCACCCUGCGGCACGCUGCAUGACUCCUUCCAGGACGCCAUGGCAGAGGGCGGCCUUGUCAUCACAGAGCCAGACCUUACAGAUGACACAUCACCAAGGAGACGUGCGUACAGCACAAACCAGCUCAUGGACUACAACCCAGCAAAGAAAUCCUUCACUCCCAGUGACCCCAACUCUGUGGUGUCCAAGAAUCCCCUGAGGAGGAGCAAAGUGCAGGACCUGACAGGCCAGAUGAGCCCCGAGCAGGAAAUGCACUGGAAGAACGACUGCCAGCCACAGCUGGCUGGUCUGUGCGCCUCGUCCUUCAGAGGGCGACCUGGCACCGGUCACAAGCCGCCUCCGCAGCAGGAGGAUGACUCUGAGCUUCAUCCCCAACCCCAGCUACAGGAUGGCCCUCAGCCAAGCGACGGCACCGGGGUGCCUGUGGCUCGCAACCCUGCUGGGGAUGAUGGGUCCAGAUCGUCCACGGACAGCCCCUCCGUUGGCAGCAUUGGAGACACAGAUGGAUAUGGCCACCAGAUGUGUCAAGCAGAAACCCCUCAAGAGACCCACAUGUCACAUCUGGGGACCACCAGCCAUCACAAAGGAGACUGCAAAGCAGUGGUGUCGGGAUUGCUGUGUGGGCAACCCAUGAAGUGGGAGGUGGUCUUUGACAUCGAGCCGUUUCUAAGCGGCCGGGAACGUGAGGAAAAGGUUCACGAGGAGCUGUGGAACGAGACGUUUCACCACCUGGCCGGGAGCUCCAUCAUACACGACUUUGAGCACAUGGCCGAUAAAGAGUCCGAGAUAGAACAAGGUUCUGGCAGGAAGUACCAGGUUUACGUUAUUCACACUAGCAAAGCCUGCAAUAUUCUGAGCAAACACACAGCAUUUGUCCCCAUUGACCUGGACACCAAUGAGUAUUUGCCAACAUGUGUUGAAUGCGUUAAUGCGGGUGCAAACCUGAAGAGGGGCUCCAGGUCUCGAUCAGGGAGCAGGAAGAACAGAGGGUACUCCAUCGGGCUCGGCCGUUCUCAGUCCGGCGGCAUGUCAGAGGAAGCCGAAGACGUCCUCCUGCCUUACAAUGCAGAGGACGGCGUCUCUCCAUGCAGCACCCCCUCCUCCGCCGGCUGGGACAAAUGCAGCUUCACAGAGGUCGCCCCACAGAGGAGUCCGUCUGUUACUUCAGACCAAUCACAGAAAUCGGUGGAGAGUCUUUUUUCUGCCAGGCUGGCCCUCAGCAGGACUCGCCUCCUGACCCGAGCUGCGAAAGGAUUCAUGUGUCGAACGCACAGCAAGUCUGGCGAUUCAAUAGGAGAGAGUGAAAAUGAGAACAAAGACUACAUUCCCCUGGUGUUGUUGCAGUUGGCGAGCGGCGCAUUUCCCCUGGACUCAGCUCUCUGUGAAGCCAUUAACGUGCCGAUGGACAAGCUGAAGUGGACGUCGCCUUUCGCCAGCCACCGCUCCAGCCUGGGCCACCUGUCUCACUCCGGCAGCCGGCGCUCUGACAGCACUGACGACGGGUCCAGAUCCCCGUUUGAGCCAGACCCUUAUCAGCCGGCAGCAGAUCACUCUGCUGGCACCUGCAGCCCCUCUUAUCCAUCCAGAAACGCCUGGCCGGACGCGGGCCAGUCCACUGCCUUUGAACCCCAGUUUUUCUCAGAAACGGCAUCACCUGGCAGCGCGAUGAAGAGGAUGCAGGAUCCUGAGAGCAUGGUGUGGGCAACGGCCGUCGCCUUGGCCUGGCUGGAGCACAGCUCUGCCAGUUAUUUCACAGAAUGGGAGCUGGUGGCGGCCAAAGCCAGCAUGUGGCUGAAUGCGCAGGACAUCCCAGAGGGGAAAGAUUUAGCCUCCAUCAAGGCUGCUGCCAAUCAGCUCUUCAUCAUCCUCAGACACUGGGAUGAAAACCUGCAGCUGAACAUGCUCUGCUACAACCCCGGCUCUGUCUGAGGCCUUAAACAGACUCCAUACCAGAUGAUACUAUGCUAACCAAGGCUGUACCACCACAGUGACGUUGCAAAAGUAUUCAUAUCCCUUAAACUUUUUCUUUUUUUUAAAUUUCACAACAGCCUUAGUUGUUUUAUCUUACCAACUUGCAUGACAAACCAACACAAAAUACUGCUUUGUUCUGAAGAGGAAGGAAAAUGCUACAUGCUACAAAUCUCAAAAGUGAAAUAUGUAUUAGUGUUCAGCCCCCUUUACUCUGAUACUUUCAAGUAAAAUUCAGUCCAACAAAUUGCAAAAUAUUAGUAAAUACAGCCCAACUUUGUGUCAUUUCAGUAAAAAUUCAAAAUAUGUCACAGGUUUGUGAGAGUAGCAAGAGGAAAAUUACUCAGAGGUAACUCUGGAGGAGCUGCAGAGAUCCAGGUGGGAGAAACAUCUGGUAGGACUUACACAAAUCUGGCCUUUACGGAAACGAAGCGAGAAGAUUGUAAAUUCUAAAAGAAAGCUAUAAUUAAUAUUUAAACGCAACAAACACAAAGAAUAGGAGCCCAAAAUUGAAAGUUAUGGCUGACUUUCAGAAUACUGUGUGGGGGAAAACUAGGACUACACAUUGACCUGAAUAAUCUCCAAAACUGCAGUCAGCAUGUUUACAUAAAAGCAAAUGGAUGGAUCAUAAUGGCCUAGUCAAAGUCCAGACCAGGGUUCUGUAACUUCUACAUUCCAAAGAACCAUUUUUACCCUCAGUCAAGACAAAAUGUAAUUAAAAAUGAAAAAGGCAAUUUAUAAUUUCUGGUAUAUAUCUACUAUAAGAAAAAUGUUAUUUUAAAUAUCUUUUUAUGUCUGUUUUUUUAUUUUAAAAUAAAGAAAACAUAACACUUUUGCAAGAAAGAGGGUGCAUACAUUUCAUUGUCAUCUAUGGGAUGUUGAGAUUUGCAGAAAGUAAGUAUGUAUGUAAAAGUCACAUUUACCAACUUAAUAACAAGAAGAAAUGCUUUAAAAGUAAUUUUAGUAUCAUUUUGUUUUGGAAAUUCAAUGAAAUUGUUCCACAAAAUAAACUAUAUUUAGUUAAGUGUGAUGCAGAACCCUUUUCUAGACCCAAAUCAAACUGAGAAUUUGUUCCAAAACUUGAAAAUUGUUGUUCAGUUUCUCUCUGUUCAAUUAUCCCACAAAGGUUUUCCAGCAGUAACAGCAUUAUAAUCUGGUUCUCCAAAGUAUUAACUCAGGGGUACUAAAUAAAAAUGCUGUUUAUCCCCCAAUUAGAUGCCUUCCAGUGGUAAUGAAUGGUAUUUACUGGAACAGAGUUCAAGUGCAUGACAUUCCUGUCAGAUUUUUGCU